AAUGAAAGGAAAGUGCUAUUUUGUCAAUGGUGUGAGAUUUGGGUCGAUUAUGUCAUGGCGGGUUAGAUGUUUUCGGCACUUGGUUUCGUUGAAUUUGUUUUGAAUUACGUCGUCAAUGGUCCCGUUUGUUCGUUUGUUGUUUAACACUCACGGUAUCCAUAUACUUGUAACUAUCUCGUAAACAUUUCAAAUGCUGAAACAAUUGCAAAUGGGCCUUCGCGCGUUCAUGCUAAUAGCUUCCAAAGUAUGGAGUUGUUUUUGUUACAUGUUUAGAAAGCAAUAUCGAGCGUUGGCUCAAUAUCAAUCUGUCAAAUAUGAAAUAUAUCCUCUUUCUCCAGUAUCUCGACACAGGCUGAGUUUAGUUAAAAGGAAGAUGCUGGUGUUAGAUCUAGACGAAACGUUGAUUCACUCUCACCACGACGCCAUGCUCCGACCGACUGUCAAGCCGGGGACCCCUCCGGACUUUGUGCUUAAGGUCACCAUAGACAAACACCCCGUCAGAUUCUUUGUACAUAAACGACCCCAUGUUGAUUACUUCCUGGAUGUGGUGUCCCAGUGGUAUGAGUUGGUGGUGUUCACCGCUUCAAUGGAGAUAUACGGAGCAGCGGUGGCUGACAAACUUGACAACGGAAGAGGAAUACUGAGGAGGAGGUUUUAUAGACAGCACUGUACUCAGGAACAUGGCUCCUACACUAAGAACCUGUCGUCUAUAUGUGAGGAUCUCAACAGGGUGUUCAUAUUAGACAACUCACCGGGCGCAUACCGGGACUUCCCAGAUAACGCCAUCCCCAUCAAGUCGUGGUUCUCGGACCCGCUGGACGUGGCCCUGUUGAACUUACUCCCCGUGUUGGACGCACUGCGGUUCACUCACGACGUGCGCUCCGUCCUGUCGAGGAACCUCCACCUGCACCGGCUGUGGUAGCGAACGACGAUAAAAUACCGGCUUAUGUACAAAGUGAAGGGGCCGCGGCGCUUUCGGAUCCUAUUUAUUAUUUUUCCACUCGUCAGAUCCUCCGGCGCUUUCUAUAAAUAUAGAUAUAAUUAUAGUUAAAUAAUGUUUUAUUAAGUUUUGUUUUUAAAAUAAAGAUGUGAUCAGUGUCGUGACCAUAGCCAGUGUAUGAUUAAGUGACCUACGUCUGUAGGACUGCGGGUCGUUUCUGAAACACCCUCUAUGUAUAACGGUUAUGUUGCCAGUACUGACUGACAGGAGUGACAGUUUUCUAUGAAGAUCUAGUUAAUUAGAUGUAUUUAAUAUAAUCUGUUCUCCCGGUACAGAUGAUGAAUGAUUUUAAAUUGUUUUAGCGAUUCAAUUUUGCGAUGCACUGUUUUUUUAUUUUGUAUCGCGAGAACAGGUUUAGUAAUAAAAAUGGUAAAAUAAUUCUAAAGUUAUAGUGUUUUUUGAGAGGAUUUUUUUUUCUUUUGGAAAUAUAAUUUACCACCAAAGUAUUGAAUCAUCUUCCAACUCGUCUUUUACUAAUGGUCUGGUGAUAUCUUGAAUUUCUAUAAAUAAAAAAGAUUUUUGAUAACAUUUGAUACACACUCGCGAUGUGAAUAAUUAUUUUAUUUAUACAAAUUCAAAUGAAGUGGCCGCCGACAGCUGAAUGGCCAUUAGAUACUGUAACAGGAAAAGAAAUGGACAUAAGAGGAGAGUGAAAUACAAUAUGUGACUUAAACCAUGAAUAUGAUUACCAUGUUUCUUAAUAAAUUUGAAACAUGAUUUCGUUUGUGUAGUAUAUUUUAUUCAAUAGAUUAAGUAAUUUUUAAGACGGCGCUGUGAACCGCUAGUGUAGCGUCACCCUGGCGACCAUAUCAUGUGUAAUAAGAGGGGUCGCACUUCAAAUUGUAGUUAACAUUUGGACUAGUCAGCUGAAUCCAGCCGGUGUGACGCUAGCCUAUGACAAUAGUGUUAUGUAUACUAUGUGACCAUGUACAAACAACCGAACACUUUCAUACCGUUCUGUUUACUAAUCGCGCUGUUUGACGUUGCUUUUUGAUUGCAAUUUUUUUUUUAUGGAUACCGCUGUACUCUGUUUCAAAUCUGUGAUUUUGAACACCCUGUAUUCGAGCGAAACAUGAUUUUCAAGUGGCCGGGCUGAUUGUUGGUGUUUGAUAGUUAUUUAGAUUGCGACAUUGACCGCGAUCUAGUCCUGAAAAUAUAAGGAUGUUGAAGAUUUAAACACUUGUAUCACAAAAAAUUAAUCUGAUUUGAAAUAGAUUGUAUUCAUGUAAUGAGGAAUAAGCAACUUUAAAUCUUAUUUAUAUGGGCUUUAGGGUAUAUUGUAAUCUAAGACAGGUUAAGUGUGUACAGAUUUUGUAUUGCAAUGUUGGAUAGCGUUGUUAGUAAACUUUUAGAUGUUUAUAACGCCCGUUACUUGUGCGACGUGUCCGACCCCACUGUGAGGCUGUACAAAACUCAUUUCAUUUCCGACUCUAUGACAAUGUAAUAAGAACUAUGGAGUGUAAGUUGAUUCAAAUCUCUUAAAUAUUACAAAAAGACUACACAUGGAAUGGUAAUUGAAAAAACGAUUCAGCAAAACCAUGACAAUCAAUGAAAUUUUAGAUUAUUUAGUGUUACUGAUAACUGGAUCGCGCUAAAGAGAUUUGAAACAAAUAAAAUUGUGAAUUACUAUGUAUUUAGUUAGGAACAUAAUGUUAGCUAUUUCUAAACUCAUACAAAUUUCAGUGGACGUAUAUUAUAUAUAACUAUUUACAAUAAGGUACAACGUCUUAUGGCCGAUGGCUUUAAGAGCUUAGGAACUGGUUAAAUACUAAGUGUGAAUGAUUUUGUAAAUAUAGUUCCAUUAGCAUAUCAAAGGUUCAGCUGUGGAUGUUCACAGGGUGUUUUUUAUUUACGAAGUGAGAUUAAAUAAUAUUUUUUUUCCUGUUUUAUAAUUAUUCUACAACACGAACAGACUGUGUAACACCACCACCUCUCGCACUAGUGUCCGACCAAAGUUGUCACUGACAUCUCAAACAGUUCUUGUAUUAGAGCACAAUCUGUAGACGUUUUAUUACAUGAUCAUUUGUGUUACAAUUUUACCAUGCAAUAACUAAAGAUUUAACUCUCCGUUUUUUUGUUUUUUUUUUUUUUAUCGAGGUAUUGAAAGGCAUUCGUUAAUAUUUUUAGUGAUUCGUCUUUUUUUAUAUUUGUUUCUGAUUAAAUAUUUGCGAUCUUCGACGGUGACCUUAAAUACAACCGUCGAAAUUUGAUGUAUUAAAUAUAAACAAAAUAUUCGUGAAUGCCUUCACAUAAUUGACGUACUUUUAAGUAGACAAUUCGGGAUGUACUGUGUGUAUCAUCUCAUGAAUAUUGAAAAAAAAAAUUGUAAAACAAUUUUGUAAUCUUGACUGGUUGUUCAAAGUUCAAAAGCGAUUUGUAAUAGAGAUAUUAAAUCGAUUCAAACAAU